AUGACGUGCAUGACGUGGGCGACGUGGUGCGUCAUGAGUAGCGUUUUUGAGGAGGAGAGAAAAUCAGCAGCCAGCGGACGAAUGGAUGAGGAGAAAGCAGAGGAUGAACUGGAGAAACGCCGCGCUGCCUUCCUUCUCAAACGGCAGCGUAAAGCUGAAGAGGCGAGGCUACGCAAACAGCACCAGGAAGUGGAGAGCGAGCUGAAACGGGAUGAGACCAGGCGUAAGGCAGAAGAGGACCGUAUUCGCAAGGAGGAGGAGAAGGCCAGGCGAGAGAUCAUUAAGCAGGAGUACCUGCAGAGGAAGCAGCAGGUGCUGAUGGAGGAGCAGGGUCUGGUGAAGCCCCGCCCACGGAUGAAGUCCCGGAGGAGCAGACCCAGAUCCCUCCACCGAGAGGAGGCCAGCAGCCUCUCCAAAGGAUGCGCCACACCUGAUCUGAGCUGCAGUCAUCGAGGGUCGACGCUCUCUCUGGCGACGGAGGCCGACAGCGUUAUCUCCGGAGGAGCGGAGUCACAGAGGGCUGGAUCUGUGUGCUCCAUGGAGUCGUUCCCCAUGCUGAGCAGAGCGUCCAGCAGGAACAUGGAGCGGGACUGGGAGAACGGCUCCAUUGCCUCUUCAAUCACUUCUAUGGAGUACAAUGGUCCUAAACUCUUCAAGGAGCCGAGUUCUAAGUCCAACAAGCCAAUCAUCAGCAACGCCAUUGCUCACUGCUGCCUGGCUGGAAAAGUCAAUGAGAGCCAGAAGAAUGUUAUCCUGGAGGAGCUGGAAAAGUGUGAGUCCAAUCACCUGAUCGUCCUCUUCCGUGACGGCGGGUGCCAGUACCGAGGCAUUUACUCAUUCUCUCCGGAAACAGAAGAGAUCCUGAAAUUCACCGGCACCGGGCCCCGCUCCAUCGGCCGGAAGAUGAUCGACAAACUGUACAAAUACAGCUCGGACCGCAAGCAGUUCAACGUCAUCCCCGCCAAGUCAGUGUCGGCCACCGUGGACGCGCUCACCAUCCACAACCACCUGUGGCAGGUCAAGAGACCGGGCAGCGCACGCAGGAAGUGACACACACCACUCUUGUUUUAGUUUCUAUCUAACUAACGUUGGGCAGGACCCAAUAAUCUCUGAGGUGAUUGACAUGUGAUCAUGUGACAGGUCUUUAGACAGUUAAAUCAGACUGUGGCAGCGUGAGAAAAAGAACCGCUGCCAACUGAAUGUUUUCUUUUCGUCUCGUUUAUUCUGCAUGUGACACUUUUAAUUUGUCCUACAUUAUUAGGCAGUAUUAACGGCGGAUUGAUUAUAAUGUAGCAGUAAGGAGGAGAUGGACCUUAAAGUUGAAUACUAAUGGAUCUACUUAAAGCACCAACUACUGUACGAUACCAAGUGCAACUAUAACUUCAGCUUGGCAAAAAAAUACCCUACUGCUGUGAUUAUUCCUGGAAACUAUUAUUCAUCAGUCACUCCGACUGGUCAGUGCUUUUACGAAGAAGGAACUAACUUUUUUUAUGUAAGUAUGGAGUGGAUGUUAGUGAGUGAUCAUGUCCAGUAUUGUUUUAUAUUUAGUGUGUUUGGGAAGUGUGUGUAUUUGUGUUUGAGCUAAAUGCUCUGAAUGUGUUCUCUUAAAUUAUGCUUUAAUACUGCAAUGGAACUAUGGAGCAAAGCAACAACAUUUUAUUUGUUUUUAGUUUCGAAGCUGCUGUUACAGAAAUGGAAGGGAAAUGAUGUUUAUACAGAAAGGGAAAUUGUACUUGUAUUACAAACACGAGCCCUUUUCAGACGGUGCAUUAUACUUUUCUGCAGUAGCCAUGAGAUGCAAGUGAGUUUUUCUAAAUAGUUUUUUUUUCUGUGUUUAUACAGAACACAUGAAAGAGCUUUGUUAGGACGAUCUUUCUCAGUUCCUUUUUUUAUAUCUGAAAACAGAUGAACAUUUUUGGGACCACAAGAGACCGAAGUGUAUCACAACUCUAUGUUCCAGUAAGAGCAAAAGCAUUCAUGUUAAUGUUUUAGUUUAAAAUCUUCCCAGAUUAUUAUUACAAGAACAGACACUUCAUUUUGACAACAACAAGGAAAUCCCCCGUAUUUUUACAGAUAAAAAAAAAAAGACAUUUAGAAAAAAUAUGUUCGGAAAACUUUUUUUUAGGCAAGGCAAGUUUA